AUGACGGGGCGUGCUCAAUGGGGCUCAAUGGGGCGCAAAGAGACACCAAAUACUUUCCAGGCCAUGCGUAUUGGAUUCGUCGUCAUUCGCUUAUUUUACGCCUGGGGCGCCCUCCGAUUCAUCGCAAGCCAAAAUCCAGAAGUUCUCGCCAUAGCCCCCUCCCCGUACAAUCGAACCAGGACCCAGCUGGCUCCUCUAUAG